AAGCAGCCAACUUAAUGACCAGCCUUCUCCUGAUUUCCAGGUCCUGGAAGGAACUCCAAAAACCAAGCCAGGUUCUCCCUCCCCCAGGCAAUGUCUCCACGCGGCUGCCAAGCUCUGAGACUAAACUUGGCUUCUUGGGAAUGCCAGAGAAGUCUGUGGAACUCAUCUAUUCUGAGAACAAACUAGGGUCUCUUUUUAGCUUGGUGGGAGGACCUUGGGCUUCUAGAAGCAAAGGAAGGGAUCUCAGCAGUCGCUUUCUGAAUAGUGUAGUGUUAAGAGGGGGACUCUUCUACAGACGCUGAACCCUGUCUUCUGUGUUCCCACCUAGAGCAUCACCCCAAAGAUGUGUGCGGCUCUUGGGAUGCUGGGAACACGGAAAAUGUUGUCCGUCUUCAUCAUCCUUGCCGCUGUCUGUCUUCAGGGCACCUUGGUCCAGCAGCCUGGGACAGCGGAGCGAAGGAAGCUAUUCUUCGAAAGGUUUAGACGACUGGAAGAGCAGUUCCGGCGGUUCCAGGAGGUCACCCUGACGCGCCUUCAGGAGAUCGCUGGGAAUUACAAUGUCUCCUACAACAUCGACGCCAAGUUUGAGCAGCUGCUGAGCAAGCACCAGGGCCUGGAGUCCGCUGCCAACGAGAGCCACGCAGCUACGCAAGAGGAGCUGAGCCACUUGAAAGCUCUGGUGAAGAAGCUGCAGAACAAGGGCAAGAAGCAAGACUCGAAGUUGGGGGCCCUGGAAGAAGCCUUGCGCGAGAGGGACCGCGAGAAGGAGGCAGAGGUGCAGCAGGAGCGAGCGCUCCUGGCCAACUUAACCCAAGAAGUCGAGAGCCAUCGAGAGGACACCCAGGCCGUGCACGCUGGCCACAGGGUCCUCCAGAAAGCCCUGGAGAGUCUUCAGGAUGCCCUCAAAAGCCAGGGGAGCAAGCUAGAUGAGCUGGAGCAGCAGCUGAAGAACCCCGCGCACAAUGAGGUCCUUCUGCCGAACCCCCUAACUGCGGCUCAGCUGCUGAACCGGGUCCCCCAAGAGCAGGAACCAGAGGCGGCCGGCGGGCAGAACCCUACCGUGAAAAAGCUCCAUGGGAAGCAUCGCCAGAGGAAGAAACUGCUCCAGGAGAGCACGCGGCUUGCAGCCCAGUCCAGAGGGCUGCAGAGCGGACCCCCUCCGGGUCAGGAAGCUCCCCAGCGGCAGGAGGCAGAAGCGGAACAGCCUCAUCCGCCGGAGCCACAAGCGCUCAGGCAACAGCAAGCUGUCGUAGACAAGGCCCCUGAAGAGCAGUCGCAGUCAGAGGCGCCUCGGAAACCAGGGACAAUCUGCAACGUGGAUUCCAUGCUGUUUUUCCCUAACGCUUCCACAGAGAACUUUGCCACGUUCACGCCAGGUUUCCAGGCUGGCCUGCUUGAACUGAGCCUCUGCAGCUGGGUGAGCACCAGUGCCAACUACCUGGGCACCAUCCUGUCCUAUGCCACUGAGGAUAAUGACAAUAAGCUGGUACUCCACGGCCGCGAUGCUGCACCCCGGAACUCCAUCCACUUUGUCAUUGGCGACCCUGCUUUUCGGGAGCUGCCGGUGGGACGGAUCCUGGAUGGCAAGUGGCACCACAUCUGUGUCAUCUGGUCCUCCAUCCAGGGGCGAUACUGGUUCUAUGUGGACAGGAGGUUGGCUUCCAUGGGCUCCAAGUUCCAGAAGGGCUACGAGAUUCCCCCCAAAGGGUCUCUUGUACUGGGUCAGGAACAAGACACAAUGGGUGGUGGGUUCGAACCCUCGGAGUCUUUUGUGGGCUACCUGGCCGGCCUUGCCAUAUGGGAUCGUGCGCUCUCACCUGGAGAGGUCUCGGGCAUCGCCAUCGGGAGAGGCCUGCCCCGUGGCACAAUCUUCACCCUGGCAAACAUCUCUGCCCUCCACGGAGCGCUGCAGAAGGUGAACUGCACUUGCCUCGAACACUGCCUGUAAUUCUCCCCAUUUCAUACCCACACAG